AUGAAAUGUACUUUUAUAUGUGAACGUCAUCAUAUUUGUCGUACAGCUGAUUAUAAUAUAACAACGAAAACUUGUCGUUUAUUUGAAACACUUACAUCAGCAGGUACAUUUGUAGCUGAUCCAACAACACAUAUUCUUGCAUUCAAUUAUUGUACAAAUGAUGCACAAAUUGAACCUAAUUAUAUUUGUACUCGAUCGAAUACAUUCACUGUUCAACAGAUAUUCGAUCAAUUUACUUUAGCUCCUAACAUAACACUUACAUCAACUGAUCGAGGUGCUUAUGCAAAUAUGUAUGGUGUUUAUGCAAGUACUUCAUCUGGAACUUUAUCAUUUUUUACUUAUACUGGUACAAAAAAUACUCUCAUUCAACUUUCGAGUGAGAUUACUAAUAUUAAUUCAGCAACUAAUAAUGGACUUGGAAUUGUUCAAUAUUUGAAUCAGUCAGUUAGUAUUUACAAAAAUAUUGGUACAUCAUUUCAACCACAACUUGUUUCAAUACUUAAUAUUUCAUUAUCAUAUCAACCUUAUUCAUGUUUGAUAACAUCACAAUAUAUGUAUAUAGCGUAUAUGAAUAGUUCUGUACUUAUGACUAUUCAUGAUUUAUCAUCAGGAUCUAUAUUAUUUAAUAUACCAAGUACUACUAUGACUUAUCAACCAGUUGUGAGCUAUUGGAAUGAUACACUAAUUGUUCUUGAUCAAUACGUAGCUACGGAAUAUACUUUAAAUGGUACUUAUAAAGGAAAUUGGCCUUAUUUUGCUAGUCAACAAACAACGCGACGUAAUUAUAUUCAUCAUGAUUAUGCAGGCCGACGACAUACAUGCAAUUAUGGUGGAUCAUAUCCUGGUAUAUAUACAUUUUUAUUGAAUGGAACACAACUUGCUCAUGGACCAACAUCAUGUUCUAGAGCUAUUCAAGUUUAUAUCACAAAAGACCAGGCAAUGCUUAUCUACACUCAAUAUGGAAUUGCAGCAACCAUGAACGUUAUUAACUUUUAG